ACUCGCCCCUGAAAUAUUUCUCAGUAAGUGCCAGUAACUGCAAGGGUGAGAGAGAGAGAAAGAUAGGGGGGAGAGAGAGAAGUUGGCAAGACAUCAGGGGAGAGACAACUUGGCACUUGAAAACCAUAAGGCAGAGCUUAUCUGUCACUCAAAGAUUUAAGGUUUCCCAUCCACAUCACCCUCUCGUCUUUCUACUUUCCUGAGCCUUGCAGUCAUGGCACCGACUUUGGCCACAGCGUUUGCCCGUCGAUGGUGGAUGGCGGUGACGGCCAUUAUUGAAAAUCUGCUCUUUUCUGCUGUUCUUCUGGGCUGGGGCUCCUUACUGAUCAUGCUGAAGUCUGAGGGCUUCUAUUCGUACCUCUGCACAGAUCCAGGCAACAGUUCGACGACAAACCUUUCCUCGUCAGCUGUGCAUUCAUCGAAAUCUGAUGAUCCCGACUAUGAAUAUGGCGAUUUCCACAGUAAUGACGGGGUGGAGAUGGUCCCUCUGAACCAUCCUGAGGACCACAUGAGGAUGAACGGCUGGCUGAUCUGUAAGGAACAGGACGAGAUGCUCAAUCUGGCAUUCACCGUGGGAUCCUUCCUUCUUAGCGCCAUCACGCUUCCACUCGGAAUUGUGAUGGACAAAUACGGCCCGCGUAAACUCCGUCUGCUUGGCAGUGCCUGCUUUGCUCUCUCUUGCCUCAUGAUCGCUUAUGGUGCCAGCAAUCCAAAUGAUCUAUCCGUCCUCAUCUUCAUUGCUUUGACCUUCAAUGGCUUCGGAGGAAUGUGUAUGACCUUCACUUCACUUACAUUGCCCAACAUGUUUGGUGACCUGCGUUCCACAUUCAUCGCUCUCAUGAUUGGCUCAUAUGCUUCAUCAGCUGUGACGUUUCCUGGGGUCAAGGUGAUCUACGACCUUGGUAUUACCUUCAUCAUGAUUCUGGUGGUCUGGGCCGCCUGUGCAGGUCUUGUCUUUCUAAACUGCUUCUUCAACUGGCCUCUUGAGCCUUUCCCUGGACCCGAGGACAUGGACUACACUAUCAAGAUCAAGUUCAGUUGGUUGGGCUUUGACCACAAGAUCACCGGAAAGCAGUUUUACCACCAGGUGACGACAGUCGGCAAGCGUCUGAGCGUGGACAACACUCAGAAACAGAAAGAGCUGCAGGCCAAGGAAGCAAACAAACUCUGCCUGUCCACCAUGGACCUUGAACUGAAGUGUGAUACCCAAGAGGAAUCUCAGUCAUUUAUGAAGAGCAUAACCAGUCCACUCUUCAUUUUGAGUCUUGUGACGAUGUGUGUGACUCAGCUACGUCUCAUCUUCUACAUGGGAGCCAUGAACAACAUCUUGGAGUCUCUCAGUGGCGGAGAUUUCCACACAGCUGUUGAAAAAAUUGAAUUUGUGAGUCUCUAUACAUCAAUUUUCGGCGUAAUGCAGCUCUUGUGUUUGAUGACGACGCCGGUCAUCGGUCAGAUCAUGGACUGGAAGCUGAAGGAGUGUGAUGAUGGAGAAGUCAAUGAGAAAGAUCACAACAAAGAUGAACCUCAGCCCAAACGCAGAGACAGGCAGAUCCAGAAAGUGACCAAUGCCACGCGAGCUUUCAUCUUUACAAACAUCCUCCUUGUCGGCUUUGGCGUCACCUGUCUGAUUCCUAACUUACCUCUCCAGAUGCUCUCCUUUGUUCUUCACACUAUCGUCAGAGGCUUCAUCCACUCAGCUGUCGGUGGACUUUACGCUGCUGUGUACCCAUCAUCUCAGUUUGGCAGUCUGACUGGAAUGCAGUCUUUGGUUAGCGCUGUGUUCGCUCUGCUGCAGCAGCCUUUGUUCAUGGCCAUGAUGGGACCUUUAAAUGGAGACCCACUCUGGGUGAACGUGGGUCUGCUGGGCGUCAGCAUGCUGGGGUUCCUAUUACCACUUUACCUGCUGUUCUUCAGGAAGACUCUGCACAAAAAGAGAAAAGACAGAGAAAACUUGGCUAAAAUCUAUUUGAAAAUCAACGGCAGUGAUGUUCCAGAGGCAUUUGUGUAAAAAAAGUAAAUGAAGGUGUGGACAGAACCGAGAGGCAAAGACAUUGAAGAUGAUGAUGGUUACACAUUAUUGUGCCUCUCUUAACAGGCUUAGUAACUCAGUGGUUAAAAACAGGAUGGAGAAAUGCAAGAGCAAAAAGCAACAUGGGAAAAAUUGUGUUUUGUUUUGGGGCAUUUUAUUUGAAUUAUAAACUAUAAUUUAUACAUACACAUGGCAACAUUUUAACCCUGAAUGUCUCUUUUAAACCUAAAGGGGAAGACAUUUCAGUAUCUUGCAUAUUAGUAUAUUGAAUUUAUUUUUGCUGUUGCAAGAUUUCAUACACUCUCUAUGCCUGCAUGUAUGUUUGAGAGGACAGCUAAAGCAGGCCUGGUGCCAGUAAGCUGUCUUUCACAUGAAUACAUUAAUUUAUUCUUCUGACCAUCAUAAGGGAUUAUAAAAUACAUCCAAAUAUAGUGUGAAAAGCCCCGAUUUUGGUUCAUCAGGUAAAGGCCAAGCUAUGCUUUGGAAUGGCACACACCUAAUUUUAAAGUAUUAUGAGUAAUACUUGUUUUAAAGAAUUACAUACCGUGUAAGUAUAAUCUUUAUGAUUGUGCGAAAUGACACAAAUAAUAAUAUAUAAUUCAUUAAUGUAAUGCAAUUGCUUUCACUAAACACAACAUUUCCCCUUCAUAAUAAUUCAGAGAAAGGCUUUCAACAUAUUUAUUUUAAGAGAAAUGCGGAUGCAUAUUACAAUCUGAUCAGUUUUGAUCAAAAGUAGUUUAGGAAAGCCACAUUUUAUGCAUGUCACUUUGUAUAUAUUUUUUUUACAAACAUAGACGCGUAAAUGAAGGAGGUUUGACUAAACUAGUUUGAUCUGCGAGGUGAUGGCUAAAAGCCAAGGCCCAAAUAUCAGGGGAACAACAGCACUUUUAACACACAUAUCCCAUAAACCCCUCAUGACCAAUAAUUCCCUUUUGUUUGUCUUUCUUGUGCUUGUAUACUGUAAUAACCUACUGUGUUGGCUUUGGAUUGUAUGUCAGUGAUCAUACAAACAAGUUCCCAUAAACAUUUGAAGCACAGCAUAACUCAUGAGUUUGCUUUUUGUAAAGACAUUUUGUGUCGUUUACAGUGUGGUUAACAAAAUUGGCGUUUGACAGGAGAGCUGUAGCUAUAAAUACGAUGAAAGUGUUUUUAUCGUUUUAUCGUUUUGUUUGUAUUUAUUUUUUUUCCUUUAUGUUUCUGAAUCUAACAGACAUGGAAAAUUCAACCUCAGUGUUGCAGUAACUGUUUGCUUUCAGUUUUUAUUUCAAUUUUUUUUUCAUUUAUUGUCUGUAUGGAAUAUACUAUUCAAUAAAAUGUGAUUUUAAA